UCGCUCCGAGCCCGAUGCCUGGACAUAAGGUCAGCAGGAAUGCUUGGAGCGAACGCAUCGCUGUUGUGAUGUCUCUGAUCAUCCCACUCGGCAGGCCCCGCUGAGUCCAGUCCAAUCGGUUGGCCCUGGAAGCAAUCCAUUGCACUUCCCGAUACUCCUCGACAUUCCAAUCUCGACGACGCAAGGUAUCGGGAUCUCGUGACCUGGUGAUCAUAACUAUAUGAAAGCUCGCCUCAACUUCCCCGGCCCCUUCAUAUCUUUCCUUGUCACCUCAUCGCUGUGCAUGUCGUCCGCUGCCUUUCUUGGUCCUGUGACUACCAUGCUACGAGCACGUUCGAGUCCGGGUCUCAGGCUGUCGUCGUGAGUCUCCUCCAUGACAGGGUCGUCGACGUCGAUCACCAUCGACAGUGCAUCGUCAAAAAAGUUAUCCGCAUCAUCUAUCAGGCCCGUGGCCGGAUCGUCACUUGCGCUUUGGAGAUCAUCGGAUUCGAGAGGAGGAUCUCUGGAACGUGCAGUGUUCGGGUUGCGACUGGCGAUCCGGAUCUCCGAGGACCACGCAAUCCGGCUCGUUCUGAGCGAUUUCGUCCACACUCCCACACGAUCUUCGGAUGGCUCUCCUCCCAGAAAAUCCCGGGGAUCGUCGUGGGUGUGAUCCGACCACGAACUGGCUUGUUCGGUGUCGUCGUCGUCGUCGUCUGAGUGUGACGGUGGCUCUUGCGGAUCCUCAUCGGAACCCACGGCUCGGGCACGGUUGAAUGCUGCAACCCUCUGCAUCAGCAGAGCUUUGACUGUGGAAGAGGGACGCGUGAGCGCAGCACACGAUGCGCUGAUGAGUGGCUCACUUGUCGUGACAUCAUACCAGACCUCGUCGUGAGGCUCUCCGAUGUCAGAGUAGAGGGAGUUCGUGUCCGAAUCUGAGAGGGCAUCGUAUUUGACAGACAUUUGGUAGCGUUCGUAGAUCAUAAUUGGCUGGGGUGAUUCCACCGAGUAGGAAACAAGAGCGCCUUAUAAGGGGAAUGUUCAACAAUGCGCCUUGAGGAUACCACGCUGCAGCAGCAUUGUCCUUUCUUCCUAUGUCGGCAGUCUGAAACCACAAGGCACUGUUGCCAUGGCGGCCAGCACGAAGCAAAACCGUUUGUUGAAAAGUACAAAGGACCUCUGACAUGUGUGGGUGCAGUGCGGGGU